AUGGAACAAGGCAAUCAGACCAUGGUGACAUUUUUCAUUAUCAAAGGAAUCUCAGACAUUCCAGAGCUGAAGGCUCCACUCUUCCUUCUGGUUCUUCUUAUUUAUCUCUUCACUAUUGGCGGAAACAUAACCAUUCUCCUGCUGGUUUGCCUACAUCACCGUCUCCCCACUCCAAUGUAUUUUUUCUUGGUAAAUCUAUCCAUGAUCGAUAUGUGCUCUACAACUGUCUCUCUGCACAAGAUCCUUCUCAUAGGUCUAACUGGGAAUCACAACAUUUCAUAUCUCAGCUGCAUAGCCCAAAUCUAUUUCUUUGGAAGAUUUGUUAGUGACGAACUGCUGUUACUUACUGCCAUGGGCUAUGACAGAUAUGUUGCCAUCUGUAGUCCCUUGAGAUACACAGUUAUCAUGAAUCACAGAACCUGCACUCUUCUGGCUUCUGUCUGUUGGGCUCUUGGAUUUGUAGAAAUUAUCCCAUAUGCUGGUUUGGUGACUUAUUUUUCCUGUUACAGAUCCAACAUAGUAAACCACUUCUUCUGUGACCUUGUGCCAGUCAUAAAACUCUCUUGCAGCAAUACUUCUGCUCUGACUUUGUUCAUAAUUGAAGGGGCAGUCUUGAUGGCUCUUGUACCUUUCUUGUUAACUGUUCUAUCCUACAUUUUUAUUAUCACCACCAUACUAAGGAUUCGUUCCAGCAUAGGAAGACGUAAAGCUUUCUACACAUGUUCCUCACACCUUACAGUUGUCAUCCUUCUCCAUACUACCUUAGUCUUUCAGUACUUGAGGCCCAUUUCAGCAGACAGUCUAGAGUACAUGGACAGUGUAGAUUAUACUAAAUUAUUCUCCCUUUUUAACACAGCUCUUCUCCCUAUACUAAAUCCACUGAUCUACAGCUUCAAAAACAAAGAUGUUAAGUCAGCUUUUAAAAGGCAGCUAAGAUACCUUGAAUAUUUUCACGCGCAUACCAUAUGUAAACAGAAGUCCGACUCCACAUUUAACUGA